CGUGAGCAAUUGCAUCAGACAAUAACAUUUAUCAUUCAUGAUGACACGAGGUCCCACAAUAAAGUGCACAGGAAUCGACAUGAACUUAUCACAGGCACAAAGACUGGAACAAUGGAACGAUGAACAAAUUCAAAUUUAUAUCGUCAACGACGUACUUCUAAUAGUUUAUAUUUUACUUGGAUUAUUUGGCAACACUUUAGUUAUGAUUGUGUACAAGUAUAAAAUGAAACAGAACGUUGACGAUCGGUAUUUUAUUCCAUGGCUUGCAUUGUUAGAUCUUUUGGCUUGUACGUUUAGAUGUUCAUUUGAGUUUGCACGAAAAAUGACUCCAGUUAACUUUCGUGGAUCAAUGUUGUGUAAAUUAUGUUGGAUUCCAAUUAAUAUAACUGCCUUCUCGUCAAUGAUUCUCUUGUUUGUUAUAGCUUUACAUAGAUAUUUAAAGGUCUGUCGACCUUUCGGAAAACAGAUGAACUUGUGUUGGAAAAGAGUGGCACUAGGAUUAACGUUAGGAAUUUCUCUCAUUCCUUCGAUUGCAUUAAACGCUUACAAUGAAGAAGUUAAAGUUUACAACUCAGAAUUAAAUGUAACUGGCUUUGUAUGUGACAUUGAUAUAAAUGGUAUAGAUGCUGGGUUCAUUGUGUUUAUCGUUUUUGCAACUGUCUUUAUCCUUGUAAUUAUGGGCGGAUUGUUAUUGCUGAACAUUUUGAUUGGUCGAAAAAUUUACAAGCAGAUUCAUUUUAGAAUGAAAAUGAAAAGGAUGGAUCAGUCGGCUGUUUCCAGAGGAACAACCAGUCAUGAAACCGACCAGUUACCGUCUGUUUCUAGACAUCCCAAUGAAGACACUUCAAAUUCGUUUCCGCAGCGAAAGGAAGUGAAAAAAGAAAACAUUUCACACACAUUUUCGUACAUGUUUAUGAUGGUUGCCAUUGCAUUUUUCCUAUCAUAUAUUCCACAGUUUAUAAUUCUUUUUAUGUCACUUGGAAGCGAUAACUUUUGGAUAGGUAAAAGUGACGCUGAGCUUUCACUUUUGGCUGUUAUUCGAGAAAUGAACGUCUUAAAUAAUAUCGUAAACCCAGUUAUUUAUGGAUAUUAUGAUAAAACGUUUAGAGAGAAAAGUGUUCAUUUUCUGAGAUGUAAUAACUGUUGUUUGUGUCGAUCAAAUUCUGUUGUACCUGAAACAUAUUAGGAUUUAACAUAGAGUUAAAUUGUGUAUGCGUUUAAAAUUCAAUUG